CUCGCCCUGGUUUGAUUGUGUUGGGCGAUGCCGUCCAAGCCAGGCACGGGUAUGAUGAUGUAGGCUAGUUUGCUCAACCUACUACUCGCCACGAUGGUAGUGGGGGGGCUUUGGGGGGUAGUGGGGACCUGACUGGUUUGAAUGAUCUGGAAUAGGGGGGGAAUCGUCGUUUGCACAUGGCGUGCACCAGCGGCUUCAGCGCUUAGGGUCGACCAAGGUUGUGGACGUGUCCAAGCCCCCCGACUUGGCGAGUCGGUCGAAAGAGAAUCGCAGCACGUCCGUGUCACGCAGUGGCUCGCUGCAUUCUGUACUCAAGUCCACCAAACACUCGGUCAGUAAUGUCGGCCGCAAGCCCUUAAAAGGCCACACCGACGUCAAGCUGCUCAUGGCGGACGUGUUUGCUGAAAUGGACCGACAGCGACUGCGAGGGGCGGUCAAGUUUCCAUUGAAAUUCGCUGACUUUUUCGACCAUGAAAUGAUGUUUGACUUUGUCAAAGCGUGCAUGCAACUGGCCGACUCGUUCGUGCUCGUGCAGCAACUUGAACGAACCGCACCCCCUCGCAGCCCCCCUCUCCCCCAGCAGCCCCCACAUCAUCAUGCCAAGCCCCCCGCGGUCGUCCUCGCAGCGACUUCGUCCUUGCCCGACGCUGAGCGUACCCUGGCGUACCACAAAGCAGUGUCGAGUCACAGCGAUAGUGUCGCCAACUUGGCCAAGAGUUAUUCGCGCCUCGUGCUGCAUUGCAGCAACUUUGAACGACACGAAGAAGACAGGACGUUCUUUGAAGCAGUCUACUAUUUUGUGUGCGCGAUCGUCAAGACCAACCACCCACAAGAUUCGUGGCCGCUGCUCGAAGAAGAGCUCGGCUAUGCCUUUCGUGGCGAAGUGUUCAACGCCAACGGCAAGAGCAACUUGCGUCCACCUGUGGUACCAGAACCUGCCAAAGCCCCAGCCAUGCGAUUUGGACAACCCACGAUAGCCACCGAUUCUGCAGAGCCUGCCGGGGGGGAUCUCAAGUUUUUGGGGGGGGCGCCGACAGUCUACGGCAGCUACGGACAAAAUGUGGCUCUUACAUCCAUCGUCAGUCGAGUAGACGCUACGAAGUCCCGCGCCGAGCACAACAUCAAAGCGUCACAAGCCAUGCGCGGCCGCAUUCACGUCCAACGCAACGACAACCACAAAGCUCGACUUCAACUAGGUACUUUAUCACAGGACACUCCUUAUCCACGAGCUGGAUUGUGCAGAACGCGAGUACAUUCAACGCAGCGACCGCCGCGCCGCCGCAAGGCUAGACCACCUUCUCGUCGACAGCCCCACAAAGUACCCGUCGCCCCCGUUCGCCCCCCAACCGCAGCAGCCGUUGCUCCAGCAUCAGCCCCCAGCGUCGUCCCCACCCCCCAAUAGCAUACCAAGUCCGCGCGCGUCCAUGCGACACACGUUGGACGCUCGGUCGCCCAUCAUAGCCCACAUCUUUCCAUCGGCGCAGGACCAAGUGCUUCUCGCUCAAAAGCUACUGGAAGACCAGCAACACGAACGAGCAUCGGAUAAUACUACGAGCCCACGACGCCUUGCUCUUCCCAAACCAACCAAUCCUCCUUCGACCAUGCCCUGGUUCAAAGAUAUCCAUGGUUUAACUGAAAAUUAAAGAAUAAAUCGACCAUAUCCUACGACAUUCGUCUUCUCGAGGUGAAUUUUCACACCCACUUGCGUCCUGAGGGUGGACUCGUCGACCCCGCGGGCGGAGCCGCGGCCGCCGUCACCGCCGAGCGCGCCGCGAUGGGCACUUUGGGCCGCACCGACUUCUCACGCAACGCCGAGCCUUCUGCGACCCCCAGCGAAUGCCUCGCCACGCGAGACGUCGAUGUCGCUGCCGGCGAAGUCGCCCGCACCGACGUCCGCGUGAGGGGUUUCGGAGACGCAGCAGCCGGCCGGGGGACGUCGCUUGGUUGCGCCUUCACGGGCAAACUCAUGCGGCGGUCCAGGGACGUCUGGCGCACGGGUUUCGGCAGCGGCACGGUGGGUGGCUGUCCGGAUCGGCCCAACGACAGGCGACCACCCGCGGACGACGAGGGCAUCGUGACCGUCCGUUUGGAGAGCAGCACCUUCUUCCUGACGUCACCGCCACCGGUCGGGGGAGUCACGUGGUUUGUUUCAGGGGACUCGUCGUUGAGUUUCUUCCACUCGUCGUCGAGCGAGUCGUUAUCGUCCGACGCGGACCGGGCAGACCCCCCCUGGUUCUGGUUGCCAUCCUCCUUGAGCGCGUCCAGUUCGCGCUGCAGCUUGGCCACCACCGCGUCGUGGUCUGCACGCACCUUGGCCAGUUCGUCCUUGAGGGCGAGCAGCUCGCCGGACUCGACGCUGCGUUGCUUGACGGCGCCUAGCUCCACUUGACUCACGCGCGCGCCAAACUGCAGCGAGCACACGCUCUCCCCUUCGUCCGCCAAGUCCGGACUCACCUGCAGCACCAGCAGCGCCUUUGCCCCCCCAGAUAGCAUGUCUCGCAGCGUGAACGUGAGCUUCGAGUUGCGGUACGGCACGUGCUUGGCCUUGUGCUGGAGCGCAUGGACGACAUCCCCCAGCGUACUCAGCGACUUGUUGAUGUGCUGCGCUUCCUUGAGGCGGUCACCUGUCACUUGGGUGCGCGAGAUGCGCUCCGACCCGGCCAAGUCGACGAGGCACAGCGUGCUGCUCUUGCGCUCGAGGGUCUGCUUGUUGGCCGAUGUCACGUACACAAACACAAUCGCGUGGGACCGAGAGCUUUCAAAGUUCAUCUUCGUGGCGGCCACAGAUCGGUUAGCGUAGCCUUCGGCCAGCACCGCCUGCACGUCGGCCCAUGACGCCACCGUGCGCGUGUCCAUGGCGCUAUCUUUGGGAGUUAAAAUGUCCUUGGACAGCAAGUCGCGCGGCUGGUCGUUGUAGAUCUCCUGCAUGCUCAGCGAGAUCGUGUCCUGGAACAGCGCCGCCCUCGCGCCCGACAUGGCAAACAGCUGAUGCAGCGCGCGGGGGAUGAUACCUGGCGCCGCGUCUUCGCCCACCAUUGAAAACGUCUUGCCGGCGCCAGUCUGGCCGUACGCCAUCACACAUGCGUUGUACCCGUCCAUGACGGACCCGAUCAACGGAUCAAUGUGCUCGUACACGUCCUCCUGCGUGCUGUCAGGGCCAUACACUUGGUCGAACGCAAACUCCUGUCGCUUGGACGCCACCAGCAGCGUCUGACUUUUGGGGUACAUGAACGCGCCCCCGUCGGCAGCCGCGUCCUUGAGUGGCCGGACCCGGCAGAACACGCGGAUCUUGCCCGACACUUCGUGAUACUUUUCAGUCAUGCGCUUGCGUUCGAGGAUUUCGCGGUCCAGUUGGCUGAACAGCGCCAGUUCGCGGACCUUGACGAUGGCCUGCAUCUCCAUGACGCUGCUCUGGAUGAGAGCUUCCGUCUGCGCCGCUUCCAUUGUCACGUGGGCCUUGAGCGCUUGCAAGUCGCCCGCCAAGGACGCCGUCGACUGGCGGAGCGUCGCCGACUGAUGGCGCGCCGAUGCCACUUGGUCGUUGAGACGGGCGAUCGUGUUCUUCUGGGUCACCACGUCCGCUUGGGACGCCGCCAAGGCAUCUUCCGUGGCCUGGAGCGACGACGACAACGCGGCGAGGCGCGCGUCCUUGUCUUCGCCGGCAUGGGAAGCCGAUGCCACGUCCUGCUGCAGCGCCGCGAGGCGGUCGUGGAGCGUCGAGAUGGUGGCCACAUGCGCGUCGAUUUCGUCGUCUUUGGACUGGCAUGUAACCACCAGCGCGUUCGACUUGGCCUUCAUGUCGGUCAAGUCGUGCUGGAGAGACUCGACGAGCGCCGUUAGGUCGGUCGCCCGCGUCUCCGUGUCAUGCUGCAGCUGCGCCGCUUGAAGAAGCGAUUCCUUGAGCGUCAAGUUUUCGAGGUCCAGUCUGCAUCGGUAACGAAAAAUAAGGGACGUUGACGGGAA